AUGUCUGGAUGCUUUUACUUAGACCAGCCUACAUAUUACUUGCUGUGUCUAAAUGAACUUGAAGUCUUGAAAGUCAGCAAAAGUCUGGGCCGCAAAGCUACUAGUCUUAGUAGCAUAAUUUCCAGUGGGUCAGCAGGAAAAUACCAUGGUGGAGAUGCAAUUGUGGCGCUGAGCAAGUCCAAGUGCCCUCUAGAUGGGUACAAUAGUUGGCAGCCCGAGGUCUUUGAUUCUCAGAAUAUCAUUGAUAACUGCCCCUUAAUGCCUGCCUUGAAUAACAAGUCACACCAAUUUCUUAUUCUCCAAACUGAACUUUUGCUGCCAAAUCCUAAGAUCAGAAAGAUCAGAACAGCAUUAGGAGACAAGUCAUGGGAUGAUUUGUUGCAUAGUAGCCUUCUCAUUUUGGUGACACCUGGUACUAUUGCAUACAUAGCUACACAAGCAUUAAAUUCUACAGCAGUCCAGGGCAGCAGAUACCCAGUGAGCGGACGACUAUUGGCCGAUGAUCAGGCAACAAGUGGGUGA